AUGCCUUCCUUUGGAUCGAGCGCACCUUCCACCUUGAUGAAGUGCAUCGCAAAAUGCAAGCAUCAAGGCCCUCGAAUAUCACUCCAUAUUCCACAAUCGCUACAUCGAACCCCAGCACGAGCAUUCUCUGCAAACGUGAUACUCAGGAAAAAGCAGGACGAGGCAGAUGGCAAGGCUGAACAGCUAAAACAAGGAUCGCGCAAGACCGCUGGCAAGACAUUGUCAUUGCGCAGUGUUGCUGUCGAAGCCCAACGAUCACGAACCUUCGUCAAGUCGCGUGGUCGAACGCGCUUCAUCGACCCAGAUGCCGAGACCAAAACAGUCACUGCAUACUGCGCCGCUGAGACAUACGAUAUCGCAGCCGCCGCUCGACUGGUCAAAGCCCAAGGCUACGAGCUCGACCCCUUCCAGACAGGCCUGUAUCCGCAAGUCGUCCACGUACAGACCAGCGACCGGCCGUCUGAGGUCAAAGACUUCCAGCAGGGAGACGUUUUCAUUUUCCCCUCUGGCACAGUUGUCACAUGGAACGUCCGGGAGCGCGAAGCCUUGAAGCUAGUUCAGCAGAUUCUGCCUGCAGCAGCAGAAGGCUCACAUCUCGAACUUCUCGAAACAGAAGAUCUCGAGUACCUUGAGGACAGCUCACGUGAGAGUAGCGAAGUCGUCGGCGACACCAUCGUCCUGGGUAUCAAGCCGGAGCAGACUUCUGACUCGCUCUCCUCCAUGCCUAACGAGUCUGGUCCUACAUCACCAGAGGUUGACACCGUGCUUGCCAAGAUCGCCUUCUCCUCUGGUCUGGCACGUAGUACCAAGCUCGCUGUCCUCGAAACACUUUUAUCCAACUACCAACACUCGACCCGCGAAAUUCCCAACAUGCUCGCCGCAAAGCACAUUCGUUCACCAUUUACACGCUCCUUCAUUCUGCGGAAAACCGGCGAGUUGCUCUCCAUCCGCGCACAACUGAACCUCUACUCAGAGCUCACAGACAGCAUGCCAGAUCUGUUCUGGGACUCGCGACAUGAGCUAGGGCUAGGUGGCUACUAUGACGGCGUUGGCCGCGCACUCGAUGUCGGCGUCAGAAUCAAAGUGUUGAACGAGAAGAUUGGGUUUGCACAGGAGAUUGCAAGUGUGUUACGUGAGCAACUAAGUGAGAAGCACGGUUUGAGGUUGGAAUGGGCGAUUAUUGCUCUGAUCGCUGUGGAGGUAGUGUUGGAGUUCUGGAGACAUUACGAAGAGCGCAAAGAAAGAGACGACCCCGAGAGUACCCAGGCACUGUUGAGAGCGUACCUGGAGCGGUUGGCCAAGGAAGAGAUGAAGGCAACGAACGCAUAG